CUGCUCUGUUCGUCAAUUUUGCUUCUGCUCUUUUGCUAGCCUGUGCAGUGCUUACAUGAUUUGAAGUCGUUUAAUUGGGCCCUUAAUGAACAACUACUUGACACACACUGGACCCCUGUCCCGUGCAGGAACGUCGGCUUCCAGUGUCGGUUUAAGCAAUGUGCUCCCUGAUGACUUGGCCAAGAAAGAACGCCUUCAGCAGAGGCAUUACGCGCUAUUCAGUGAGCUCCAGCAAAUGGCCAAAGAUGUGCCACUGAAUUGUCAGCAGCGGCUUCCGUAUGAACUUCUAUCCAGCCUCGCUAACUCUCUGCUGGACGGCACUGUCUUCGACAUUGUCCGUGGCCUCAAGGACAUCCAGAUGAUGGAAGAACAGGGCCUGAUGGAGACGCGCAGGAACGUCGUGAAAUCGCAAGCAGACACCAAAAUAGAGUUGAUGAGACGCCAAAAGGAACAAAAGGAAGCACUCCUGUCAAGUGGAGCGCAGAACGUUGAUUUCAUUAACAUGGCACAAGAUAGAGAAUUCAAGGCGCUGGACCAGAUGCACAAGGAAGAGCUUGUUCGUGUCGAUAUGAAGAUCAUCACCCAGCUGGACCAACUAGUCAGCGAACAGCAAGUUGUUUUGGAAAAGGCUGGUGUUCCAGGCUUCUUUGUUACUAACAGCCCCAUGGAGAUAUCUAUCCAGAUGCAACUGCUGAAGUUUAUCGCAAGGCUGGCUGAUUCUGCACUUUUCACAUCACCUCUUUAGAAUUCAUCCCAGUGGUUAGAUCAUUUUGGUUAUCCAUAAGCGUACCUUUUUUUUUCCAAGUUCACCUACACAAUCAACAGGGAGUGCCUUUGUAAAUAUGAUGUAAUAAAUGUCAUUAUAUAUAU